GCGUGAACAUGGUCAGUCAACAUGGCCGACGAAGUAGCGCGUGCAGCACAUCACAACUAUGACACAAUUGUCUGUUCAUGGUUUGUUUAUUUCCGUUUAGUCAAUGAUCAGUUGAAUGUAAAUGGAAUCGAAAAAUGUUUUCAGUGACGAAAUGGUGGUUGGGUUUGAUCCUGGUCGUAAAGAGAAGAGCUUAUCUUCCCUGCAAUGUGGUCUCUGUGGCGCUGUGUCAGGCGUGGUAACAAGAGUGGUUGUUCAACCCCUUGAUGUUCUUAAAAUACGGUUUCAGCUACAGAUUGAGCCAACAUCUAAGAAAGCUAUCACAGGGAAAUACUCAGGAAUAUGGCAGGCAUUCAAACUAAUUUACAAAGAGGAAGGAUUUACAGCACUUUGGAAAGGUCAUGUACCAGCACAAGUUCUCUCAGUGGUGUAUGGAUAUGUUCAAUUCAUGUCAUUUGAAGCUAUUACAGAAGUUAUCUGGAGAACAUAUCCAGCGAGUACAGGUCCAAAAUGGAAACCAGUGACUCACUUUGUUAGUGGAGGCCUGGCUGGAUGCCUGUCGUCCACAGUAGCCCAGCCUUUAGAUGUUUUACGAACAAGGCUUGUUGCACAAGGAGAACCUAAAGUUUACGAGAAUCUCUUUCAAGCUGCGAGUAAAAUGUAUGCUAAUGAGGGAAUUAGGUCAUUUUAUAAAGGGCUGGUUCCUACUCUAGUACAGAUUUUCCCUUAUGCUGGGCUACAGUUUGGCUUUUAUGCCUUUUUCAAGACUCUAUGGGAAAUGUCAAUUAGGAUUAAGCAACCAGAUCCAUAUAAGCCAGCUGAUGUUGAGGAGAGCCUUGUGUGUGGUGCAUUGUCAGGGAUAUUUAGUAAAGGAAUUAUUUACCCCCUUGACAUGGUCAAGAAGAGACUACAGGUGCAAGGAUUUCAUGAGGCCAGGGAGUCAUUUGGCAAAGUCCAGAAGUACAGUGGUAUGUUAGAUUGCUUCAAGGUUAUUUUAAAAGAAGAGGGUUCCACUGGCUUCUUUAAAGGACUUGCUCCAAGCACAAUUAAGGCUGGUUUGUCAGUGGCUCUUAUUUUCUGCACAUAUGAACAGUGCCUGAUGAUGGCAAGAGGGUACAUUCAUGAUGAUGACGUGCCUGUGAGCACUUCCACAUCACCAAGUUAACAACAUCACA